UUGAUUAAUGAUAAACGAGAGAAAACACCUCAGUAAAAAUUUUAGGAAAGCGGAACACAACGCUCUAAUCGAUCAUCAAACAAAGCUGUGACACUCACCUAUAUAUAAUGGAAUAGAUUUGAAAUAGAAACGAAACCAAAAGUGUCCAACGUGCUAAUUACUUACGCACACGGAACACAUAAUGUGUUUAAUUGAAGUAUAAAAAGAAAGGGCAAGUAUUUAAUAUUUUUAGUUUGCGUUUGUCUGUCGGUCACAAUGUACAAAUUAAUUUUGUUAAUUGCAAUCAUAUCGGCGUGCCGCUGUGAUGACACCAAUGUGGAUGCGUCUCGUGGUCACCACUACUACCAUCACCACCAUCAUGCUCUACUAUAUCAUGGGCUGCAGUUUCUUGUAUUUCUAACGAUAAAAUUUAAGCUGAUUUUCUUCUUUAGUGUUGUAUUUCUGAUAUUUUGUAUCGGUGGAAAAAUUAACGCACUGCUAAAGUAUAUUGCCAUCAAGGAAAAACAUACUACUGUGGUUGCUCAUAGCGACCAUCAUCCACAUGCUGUGUACAUCCAAGCCCCCAGUUAUGGGUACGGUUUCCAUGAUCGUAGAUACACCACCAUUAAAGGAAGAAGCCAAGACGAAAUUGGCUUUUACGAAAACUUCGACAUUUUCAGUCGAAUGAUCCGCCAAUUAAACAUAACCGAUUUAGCAUUUAAUUCUAUGAAUAUUACAACAACAGACUGCAAACGAAGAUUCGUCUGUGAGGCUGAAUACAAUGCGAAGCACACCGUUAUUCUUCAAGCUGGCUACGACUUGUUAAGUGACGAUAUCUAUAAAAAAUACAAACCCGAUAAGCCAGCUGAGACUUUGGAAGAAUGUUCCAAAUUGUUCCCAAACUGCGACGAUUAUGAGAAAAAGACUCAAUAAUAUUCUUCAAUUUAUCUAUGUAGUAAUUUAUCUAUGUAUUAACUUAUUUAUGUAUUUAUUUAUUUAUAUAUUUAUUCAAUAAAAAUUGAAAUCAAGUACGUUUGUGUUAUUCCAAAACAAUUAAAGAUUAAUGCACAACUUAGUUACAUCAAAUUUAUAAAAUUCAAUUUGACAUUACUGAGCAGUCACGUUCACUCUCUCCAUUUAUUUUUCUAUCCGAAAGAAAGUAUUGAAAGCAUGGCCAUCGACAAUAACGACUCAUAUCCGGCCCCUGAAAACACACCCCUUGGUCCCAUGAUCAGAUUCAUUGUAUUUUUAGCCGAUUUUGGCAUAUUCUACAUUACUCGUUUGAUUCGUGAAUGGCUUAGAAGGAGCAUUCAAUAGAAGAUUCAAUGCAGCAUCAGUAAUAUUGAAAAUGUUCAUAUAUUUUACAAGAUUUAAUAUUUCGGAUUUUACUUCUUAAAUUAUUGUUUGAAUAUACCAUUAUUUUUACAAUACAGAAUAUACAUGUAGUAUUUUAUAUAUAUCUAUACAAUAAUGUAAUUAUUACAUCUAGUAAUAAAAUGUUUUUAAUUUA